AUGACCUUCGACCCUGCGAAGCCGUUGGCUGCUUCGCCUGCCACGGACUGGGAUGCGCGCGGAGAUGGUGAUAUAGGUUCGGGUAUGCAGGACGAAAAGGACCUGGAGAGAAGACUGCGCCGGAAAGUCGACCUGCGCCUGUGCUCCAUCGCCGGCGUGCUCUGCAGCUUAAAUCUCAUUGACUCGGGCAUCAUCUCGUCCGCUGCUGUCACCUCCAUGAUCGAGGACCUCUCUCUGCAGGGUAACCGAUUCUCCAUCGCUAUUUUCAUAUUUACUGUGGCCAGUAUCAUCUUCCAGCUGCCGUCUACGCUGUCUAUUCGCUUUGUGGGCCCGCGCAUCUGGUUCUCCGUGACUACGGUCUGCUUUGGCCUGAUCACCUUAUGCUCUGCCUUCGUUCACUCUUGGAAGCAGAUGAUUGUCCUCCGCGUUCUGCUCGGCAUCUCCAUGUCUGGCAUCUAUCCCGGCCUGACCUAUCUUAUCAGCACCUGGUAUACCCGCCAGGAGCAGCAGCUCCGAUACGCAUUCAUGCAGUCUAGUGAAGUGUUUAUCCUGGCGACGGGGGGCGUCUUAAAUUUUGCGCUGAACCAGCUCCAUGGAAAAGCGGGCCUUGCUGGAUGGCGCUGGAUGUUUCUGGUCCAGGGUCUGAUCUCCACCACAAUAGGCGUGACCACAUACUGGUGGAUGAUCGACUUUCCAGAUAACGCGCACCAAAGCUUUUGCUUUCUGGAUGAAGCUGAACUUCAUCUAGCAACUAAGAGAAUCCAGGUGGACAGACACGAUGCCAUUCCCGAGCAUAUUUCCUGGUCAAAAAUUGCGGUGAACUUUCUUGAUUUAAAACUCUACGGCUUCAGCUGCUUGUUUUUCCUACUCAAUACUGUCUCUACCUCCCUUGCCUAUUUUCUUCCUAUAAUUCUCCAGUCAGGAAUGGGCUUCAGCUCAAAUAAGUCGAUUAUACUUUCAUCUCCACCCUACUACUAUGCAAUCAUCCCUGUUCUCCUCACUUCUUUACUUGGGGACAGGCUUCGUUUGCGUGGGCCUCUGAUUGCCUUUAAUGCACUGUCUCUCAUUGCUGGAUUCCUUAUGCUUGGACUUCCUGCCUCGAAGCAAGUCACUGUUCGGUACAUUGGUACCUUUCUUGCAACUGGGGCUUACGUUUCUAACUGGGCGGCUCUGAAUGCUUACCAAGCGAAUAACAUCGUGGGGCAGUGGAAACGAGCUACCAUAGCUGCAGCAGUAGCGGCUGCUAACGGUCUUGGAGGCAUUGCAGGCAGUUUCAUAGUAAGGUCUACGGAAGCACCAACUUACGUCACUGCCGUUUGGGUGUCAGUAGGGUCACAUGUUUUGAUGAUUGUGAUUGUAGUAUUAUUUUCGAUUUACUUUUAUGUGGCCAAUAAUCGACAGCGGAAUGGAACUCUUGUUAUAGAAAACAUGCCCGGCUUCCGAUAUACAUAUUAA